AUGGGAGCAGAGAAGCAGAUGUACGUUUUACUUGUGAUCCUUAUUUGUUUCAGUGGUGUAAGACCAUUUGGAGUAUCGCUGUUGAUUGCUGGGUAUGAUGACAAUGGCCCACAGUUGUAUCAGGUUGAUCCCUCAGGAUCAUACUUCUCCUGGAAGGCAUCAGCCAUGGGAAAAAAUGUGUCAAAUGCAAAGACAUUUCUUGGAAAGAGAUACACAGAGGAUAUAGAGCUUGAUGAUGCCAUCCACACUGCAAUUUUGACUUUGAAAGAAGGAUAUGAGGGGCAAAUUUCCUCCAACAACAUUGAAAUCGGAAUUAUUCGAGCUGACCGUGAGUUCAAAGUUCUAAGCCCAUCAGAGAUCAAGGAUUUCUUGGAAGAGGUGGAGUAAGUUGUCUGUUGAUGAUUUACUGUUUCAAACAAGAAUAGCAGCAUCACUUAUGAGCAGCCAGCCUGAAGCUUGUCUUGGUUUUUUCACUCUGUAAACUGAUUUGCUCCAGCGACAUGUCUUGGUUUUAUCACUCUGUAAACUGAUUUGCUCCAACGACAUGUGAUGUUUACAUUUGAAACCCUCCUGAACGCAUACUGUAAACAAAUGAGAUACGUAAGAUGGAUGUUGUAUUUGACAGUCUCUGCAGUUUGUUUAUGUGAUUCACGUUCUUGUGUGCUGUAUCGA